AUGAGGGUAGGCGAGUAUCUUGAUAAGUCCAACGCAGCUCGUUUUGCUCUUCCGGCAUCUAUACCUCAAAGCUGCUUGCUGCAUUUCUGCUUUUCAGCGCUGCUGCGGCACAGUCUUGUAACCCUGAGAAUGCCAGCGAUAUGGAAUGCGAGGAUAAAUGUUGGGGCUAUCGCAUCGAGUUGCAAUGUAUUAGAGCUAAGGCAGUUCUGUAACCAUAUACACGACGUGCUAGCCAAGAGUCUUCAGGCGCAGCAGCAAAGACUUACGAAUCAAGAAUUGACCAUAGUCCAGAACAUGCAACAGUACACAUGGAGAGAUUGGUGCAACGGUCGUGGAUUUAUGGGACCAAACUGUCACAUGCCUUGACAUGUUCUCUAUUGUUAGAGUUACAUUGUGUGAAUCUACAAAAAUUGUUGCAAAUUUUCACGAAAAUAAAUUCUUAUUCUAGACUUAUGGAUAUCUAUUAGGUUUUGCUGUAUACU